AUGGCUGACCAGAACGAGAAAUUUCUGCACCGUCUGCUACAGCUCGACGGCAACAACAUUUGCGCGGAUUGUGACACGAAAGGUCCAGAAUGGGCUUCGUACAACAUUGGCAUCUUCCUGUGCACGCGAUGCUGUGCCGUGCACCGUAGCAUGGGAGCGCACAUUUCAAAGGUGAAGCACCUGAAGCUGGACAAGUGGGAGGACAGUCAGAUCGAGCGGAUGAUCGAGAUCGGCAAUAAGGCGUCGAAGCUGAAGUACGAGCAGCGGGUACCGGCUUGCUACCGGCGCCCACGGGAAAACGAUCCACAAGUACUGAUUGAGCAGUGGAUACGAGCCAAGUACGAGCGGUUAGAGUUUUGCAUGGUCGAACGACCGAGCUACACAUCCGGACGCAUGGAGGGUUUCCUCAUGAAGCGCGGCAAGGAGGACAGUCGCUAUCAGCCGCGCAAGUUCGUCCUAUCCGGCCUGCACGACACACUGCGGUACUACGUGAAGGAAAAGCGCGAACCCAAAGCCAUUCUGCGGAUAUCGGAGCUGAACGUAGUGUACGCGCCGAACAAGCUGGGCAACCCCAACUCGCUGCAGCUCACGUACAUGAAGGACGGCAGCACACGCCACAUCUACGUCUUCCACGAUGAUCCGGAGGUGAUCAACAACUGGUACAUGGCGAUCCGGUGCGCCAAGCUGCACCGGCUACAGGUAGCCUUCCCGAGUGCCUCGGAGAGCGAUCUGGUCGGCUUGUUGACGCACGAUUUCACGCGCGAAGGCUGGCUCCUGAAGACGGGCCCACGGCCAACCGAUAGCUACAAACGGCGCUGGUUCACGCUCGACGACCGAAAGCUCAUGUACCACGACGAUCAGCUCGAUGCGCACCCGAAGGGCGAGAUCUUCCUGGGCAACCAGCUCGAUGGGUACAGUGUGCGAAUCGGAGCCCCCGCCGGUGCCAAAGAUCAGGGCUUUAGCUUCACUCUCUUCACACCCGAGCGUACCUACAACAUGUCGUCGCACAGCGAGCAGGAUCGUGACGAGUGGAUAGCCGCGAUACUGAAAGUGCUCGAAAGACCGCUCAGUCCGCAGGACAGUUCAAUUUCUGCUCGUCUGAUCAGGAAACGGGGUGGAACCAACCCAAAGAGCAUCUUUACGGGCAGGUAAUAGUACCCGCAGAGCCACCAUCGAACGAAAACGCAUCAGCUGCCCCUCGACCACGCGCUCUGAAAGGGUUCAUCCGCUUCAUCGGAAAUCACGCAUUAACGCGCAUAUAACGUUUGGAGUGGUGCAUCGCUCGUAGUGUUUUUUACGCGUGUUCAUCAUCGUUUUAGCAUUAUUUUCACGAAUUUUACUAACUUUAUAACAAACUCCCUUCCGAAUGCUAUGAUAUGACCCAGCCGGACGCACUGAAACAGGCUGGAGCUGUGCGUAGGAAGAAUCAGAAGAAACUCACCUCAGAAUGCACAUCUCAUCCAAUGACUUUUAAUAGUUUUCUCGAGAGAAACAAAAUGUAUAGGACAGGACUAGGUUAAUGCAAAAUCAGAGAUUAUGCUAUGUUGUGUAAGUUGUAUGUUAAGUAAACGAGGGUUAGAUAAGUUCUCCAGGUACAAUGAGAUUUAUUUAUUGACAAAGGAAAACUAUGCACGAACUAUGCGCGCAAAACCAUACAAGGGACUGGCGGUCACAAGGUGUUGUUUCGACGGCAACGCGUGUUGAAUUUGGAUGGAGUCCGGAACGAUGGCGCGGUGUUUUGCUUUACUUUACAUUCGCACACUUUACAUUCACACAAUAUCUGCACGCGAUCGCGAAUAUAUGUUUCGUGCCCGGACCCGCUGCGAAUUUGAGGCACAAAAUCAAUGACGUAUCUCGAACCAAAUGGUACAAACCAAGUGGUGCAGAUUAUUGACACACGAAUGCUGUAAUCGAAUCAAGCGUAGCAAAGGGUUACGGGCACGAACGGACACAAAUGAUGAAGACAUCUAAUCCAAGCGUAGUUACAUGUGUGAAAAAUCACUCAAAACCAUUGUAAGCAUCUUAGAUAGGCAAAAAUGAACAACGGAAGCUCUAGCGCAACUAUUUGCCCAAGCUUCUUAUCGCAGAAGGACACAGUUAAAAAAACGUGUAACCCGACCAACGACCAACGGUCGCACGGGACAGUUAUACUGAUAUCUUUUUGCUCAAUGCAGGCCGUCGAUAUUAAUGCAUCGAACACAAUUUGUUGUUCCUAUGACUAUGUACAAUCUGCGUACCUCCCAGCGGGGGCACGUUAACUGAAUUCGAGCAACGAAGCUCACUGUAACAAUACAUAGUAAAACAGAAGAAACUAGGCGCACGCAAGCGCCCCGCGCAAAGGAGGUCGUGAUCGCGAGUGAUCGUGAGCGAAAUGCAACAAUGAAACGGAUACUGCCCAAACGGUGAUACGCGUGCAAAUCUUGUACGUGUUCGUGCAUAUUUUUCCAUUACAGGUAGGUUAAAUAAAAAUGGGGAGCUCUACUAGGCGGAAGUGUGUGCUCUAGGUGCCUAAUAGAGCGCCUAACUAACUGUACGGUAUGUAAUUCGGAAGGAAGGUCGAAGGAAAACGAGUCACAAAGACCACCAGAAACGGAACUAAUGAAUACUACAUAAAUCUGCCAAAAAUAGCUAAUUUAGGAGUGUGUUUCGUGUGUACAGGCGUGCGUUAGACGCCAAAUACGAAGCGCACGCGGGGUUACGAUUGCACUAAAAGUAGCCAAAAAAUAAACUGAACAAACAAGCAAACU